CUUUCAAAGGCCUCCUAAGAACCAAUGAACGGCUAAAGGCCGAGUCAGGGAACCCGGAGGCGGGGUAAGAAACAAGACGAAAUUCUGACUGGCUUCUUAGAAGACUCCGCGCCCCACCUCCCCGAAGGAGGCACCAAUGAGCUGCGGGGAUAGGAGGGCUCAGGGUGUAGUGGCCUCUGAGCCGCGAAACUGCUGGAGUAAGCAGCACCGGUCCAGGCGGCGGCAGCGGGGCCAGCAAUGAAGCCGUUGAUUUCAAUACAGCCAAGUGAGUUUGACUCCUCAGAUGAAGAACCUGUUGAAGAUGAACAGACUCCAAUCCAGAUUUCGUGGCUACCUCUGUCACAAGUGAACUGCUCUCAGUUUCUCGGUUUAUGUGCUCUCCCAGGUUGCAAAUUUAAAGAUGUUAGAAGAAAUAUUCAAAAAGAUACAGAAGAACUGAAGAGCUAUGGUAUCCAGGACAUAUUUGUUUUCUGCACCAGAGGAGAACUGUCAAAAUACAGAGUCCCAAACCUUCUGGACUCCUACCAGCAGUGUGGAAUUAUCGCGCACCAUCAUCCCAUCCCAGACGGAGAGGCGCCUGACAUAGCCAGCUGCUGGGAAAUAAUGGAGGAGCUCGCAGUCUGCCUCAGAGAUAACCGGAAAACCCUAAUACACUGUUAUGGAGGACUUGGGAGAUCUUGUCUUGUAGCCGCGUGUCUCCUCCUAUACCUGUCCGACAUGGUAUCGCCACAGCAAGCCAUAGACACCCUGCGCGAUGUACGAGGGUCAGGAGCCAUACAGACCAUAACGCAAUAUAAUUAUCUUCAUGAGUUCCGGGACAAACUGGAUGCAUAUUUGUCAUCAAGAGAUUCACUAUCAAGAUCUGUGUCGAGAUGAAUUUCAAAUCGCAUAUAUAUGAUGACCAUGUCUGAAAUUUACAAGUUCUCUGGCAUAACUUGUACUGAAACAAAGCUAUUAGUGUUGUCAACUUGAUUGUAUAUGUG